CCCAAAUUUGCAAGUAACUAUUUUUCUAUGAAUUCUAUGCUCUAACCUCCCAGAUUACUUAAAUAAAUUUCUCCUUCAUAAUUUAGGAGUUUAAAUUAAUUAAAUAUUCAUCAUGAAAGCAAUGAAGAUAAAGCAUUUAUGACAAAAUAUGUUUAGAUCUUAAAAAAGAAUGCGAAUGGAUAGUCUAUCACCACUACAAAAAUUAUUAAUAUUUUGAAAUUGCAUUAGUUACUAAGGAAUUAAGAAUAACUAGAAACAUUGAAAAAAUAUUUUGAAGAUUAUUUUCCAUAUAUUGGGUAAAAAAAUUAAGUUAAAUAAAUUUUAGUAAAUUUAAGGAUAAACUUGAGGGUAAUAAAUGUUUAGACAUUUUUCGAUUUAUGACAGUUGAAAAAUACAAAGCUUUUAAUGUAAUUUUUCGUUAAGGAGAACCAGGAAGAAAAAUGUAUUUUUUACUAUCAGGAGAAGUUGGAAUAUUUGUUCCAAAAUCAAAACAAAGUUAAGAAAUUUAAAAUUUGAUUUGCCAGUAUUAAAUAAAUAAUAUAGCUAAGUGAUUUUAGGGAUAUAUAAGAAAUUUAAUUUUAAGAGUUUAGAUUGGUUGCCAUGAAAAAGUUUGGAGAAGUCUUUGGAGAAAUUGCAAUAGAACAAAGAGUUUCUAGAACUGCAACAGUAGUAGCUAAAACAGAUGUUUUUGUAGCUUAAUUAUCAUAUGAAAUGUACUAAGAUGUAAUUGGAAAACAUUAGAAUGAAUUGACUGCUAAAAAGCUAUAAUUUAUUAAUACUAUUCCACUAUUUUAAGAUUGGGAACAAAAAUAAAAAUUAAUAGCUUUAUCUAGCUUUGAAUAAUAUACAUCUCUAUGCGGAUAAAGUAUUUUCUAAACAGGAAAUUUAGAUGAAUAUAUUUAUUUAGUUGUAACUGGAGAAGUUGAAAUUAUUAAAUUUAAUAAGGUUUAAUCAAGUUUAUCUUAAAAUUUAGUAACAAAGUUUUAAAUUAUUGCUGUCAUUAAUUCUGGCUAAUUCUUUGGAGAUUAUGAACAUAUAAACAAUAUUCCUAAUAGAAUUACUUAAGCUAAAGCAAGAAUGGAGACUGUUUAUUAUAAAAUUAAAUAUAAUCUUUUUAUUGAUCUUUUAGAAAUGUAUGGAAAUGUUGAAGAAUAUAAAAAUUCUUAAAAGAUUAAGUUUAAUAUUUAGUAGAAUUUAAUUAAUAAUGUAUAAAAUUGGAAGAAUGAUAGUUAAGAUGAAUAAUAUUCAUUAAAUUUAGAUCUGAAUCAAUUAAAAACAAAUUACUAUCAAAAUUAGAAAAUAGAGAGACUAAAAACCUAAUUAAGAAAAUAAAUAUUUAAAACUGAUGAUAAAAUUAAAAAAGAUUAUUAUAAAGACCAACUUAAAACUGUCAAUUCAACUUUAAGUAUAAUUGAAACCAUAUAACUUAAAAAAUAUUCUAAUUUAAUACCUCAUAAACAUAAUUUUUUUGUUAAUGAAGAAAAUUGCAUUUCUUCUCCAAAUCGCAAAUGUUCUCAAAAAUUUUUUAGUAAAGUUUCUGAAUAAAGUGAAGAAAGAAAAGAGGAAAAAAGGAAAAAUAUAAGUAAGUUUAUAGAUAAAUAAAUAAAAUAUCAUUUAAAUAAGAAAUAUAAAGGAAUGAAUCGAAAACAUACUAAAAGUCAUAAUAUUUAAUAAGAAUAAUCAGAUUCUAUAUCCCUUUCAAAAAUCAUCUAAAAAAAAGUUGCUUAACUUAAUUUAACUAAAUCAUAUGAAAAGAUAUAGAGAACAACAUCUGAAAAUGCUUUAAAAAAAGAAUUAAGCACCCCUAAAACUCAAUUAUCACUUCAUAUUCGGUCUUAUCAUAAAGAAAAUCUUACUACUAAUAGAUCAAUAUAAUUUAAAUCAAAUAAAUUAUCAUAAAAAAAAAAAGAUAUACAAGAGUUCAAAUUUUAGAAAUUGAUUUAAUUUUGA